AUGACAACCUGGUUCUCGUUGGAUGAAAUCACUCAGGGAAUUGAUGGUUGUCUUGUUCGAAUGAUGACGUGCAUGUCGUCGACCGGAAUUCAAACCGUCGUUUCAUUCAACGACGACACAUCGGGCACAGUCUCCGGAAUGGGAAACGUUUCAAUCGACUUGAACUGCAACGAUGACUCCGAGUGGACAUACAUGAGAAACGGAGUCACCGAAGUGAUCACCACAAUUUCAUGUCUCACUGCU